AUGCGUAAUAUCGUCAUUAAAAUAGUCUACGUAGUCGCCCUGGAUCGGAGACAUGUCUGCUUCACCUGUUUCGGUUCUCUCUUUGAGAACCCUCAGACUAGCAAUGUCCAGGUGGUGCCUCCUAAAGCCUUUGACGCUCUUUGGGAGAACCCGCAAAGAGAUUACGAAACUGAAGUAUCUACCGGUGUGCAGAGCACGAUCUCUUCUGUACUGGCCGUUAUAAUUACAAGAAGUGAAGUUCGACAAGAUGUAAACGACAAAAUGACUAGGGUAGCGGUCACGUGCAAUUUGGGUAAAGAGUUUGGAUAG